GGAGUGUUGUGAGUGCACCUUUAUCACCUGUCAAAAGCAGAUCGCAGGAAAAAUCGGAAAAAUCUUAUGCUUUUUUAUAUGAAAAUUAAGAAAGGAAUUUUUAAAAGUUUAACAAAAAAGAAGUGAAGAAAAUGACGGCAGAGACGAAGAAAUAUUUACAUGAACUUUUAAAUAGUGUUGACGGUCUCUACAGUAUAUUAAUAACAGAUAGAGACGGAGUUUCCGUUUUAUCAGUGGCAAAUGAAGUCGCACCUGAAUUAGGUAUGCGAACAAAUUUUCUUUCCACCUUCACUAUGGCCACUGAACAAGGCAGUAAACUGGGUCUCAGGAAAAAUAAAAGUGUCAUCUGUAUGUACAGUAGUUACCAGGUAGUACAACUUAAUAAAUUGCCAUUGGUGGUGAGUUUCAUCGCCAGUCACACAUGCAACACGGGUCACAUUUUGUCACUGGAAAGCAAAAUUGAUCCGAUUUUGAGCAGUUUAAAAAAUGCAGUAGCAGAAGCAUGAUGGCCACCUAUUGUUCACUAUGGGUGAUAAAUAAAGAAACUCAAUUCCGAAGUGAUCGUCAGAGACUUUAAUAAAAUAAGGAAAAGGUGGCGUUAUAUCAAAAAA